AUGAAUCAGACGGUACAUGGGAACUGGUUUGACCAGGCGACUCACAGUAGAGCUGAGGACAUCUCCAGUCCUAUAGAGGACCAGGACAUGUUACCACCUGAUGUUGACGAGGCUACCCGGCGUAUCGUGAUGAGGGUGCUGAUGUUUGCCGUCACCCCAGGGAUCGGUGUGCUGGGGGUCGUGGGGAACGUGCUGAGUACCUUGAUCCUGCUGAGACACGGCCUCAAGAAAUGCUCCAACAUCCUCUUGUUCAGCUUGGCCUUGGCUGACAUCGUCUAUCUCGUCUCCUUCAACAGCAUCCCCAAAAUUUUAUACGAAACUACCGACAUGCACGGCUUUGUUGGUUUCUCUGAAUACAGUUCGAGAGUACUCAUGGCAUUUUAUUCAGUGUUUAUGACGCUUGACUUUUCAUCUAGUUUCGUUUCUUUAAGAAUGCCAAUGCUAAUAACAAUUGAAAGGCUUAUCGUCAUUUUCUUUCCCCUUAGUGCACAUCGCAUUAUCACUCCCAAGCGUACCUGGUGUGCGGUGACUUUUAUCGUUUUGUAUUCCAUUGGCUUAUUUGCAUACACAGGAUUCUGGUUUGAAUCGUCAUACGAGUGGGACCCAGUUCGUAAUAUGUCAGUGGGGUACAGAGUGUUGAUCCCUCAGGACGCGAGGGACGCCGUGGCCAUGAGUGUCAUUGAGGACAUGAGCGUCUAUUCCCUGGUAGUGGACGCCCCCCUCAUCACAGUCGCGGGCUGCAUCGUCAUCUCCAUCAAAAUAAAGCUAGUCUCCAGGAACCGGAAGAAGAUGACCUCUAAGGAAAUGUCCAGCAACCGGACCACGAAAAUGCUUCUGGCGGUUUGUGCUGUCUACACUGUGACGUGUAUUAUAAUGGUCAGCGCAAUAAACUUGCCGUCUAUAUUUGGCCGUCCAUUCUCCGGGAACCGUCCAACAGGCCUGUCUGUGAUAUGCUACCAAGUCUUGAACAUUUUCAUCUGCAUCAACAGCUCCUGCAACUUUAUUAUUUACAUUGGGCUGAACAAGAACUUCAGGAAAACAUAUCUUCAGCUCUGUUCAUCGAAAGCAAAUAAAAGGAAUGUUAAAUACUUUGGUAGCCAAUCCAUAGAAACAACUUAA